GUGCGUUCUCACGGUGCGACUUGUAGUAACAACUUGUAGCAUGCAACACAGUUGCAACGUGAGAACACCAAAGUCGUAACGAUUUGAAAUCGCAUACAACUAGUUGCAACCGAGUUGAAAGACAUAGGACUUGUCCUAAUUCCUACUACAAGUCGCAAGCUCUCGACCAAUCAAAUCGCUGAGAUCUGUGUCCACCUCAGAGUGACGUCCCCUUUGUUUAUGUUGACAUCAUGUCGGAGCCACGCCAGAAAAAGAUCGACCUCACCAGGGAAGAAACCGAGCGGUUUAUAGGUUUCUACUUGUCCCAGGAAUGCCUAUGGAAUGUUCAACAUGCCACAUAUUCCAAAAGGGACAACAGACUCGCCGCACAGUCAAUGAUCGCGGAACAGAUGUACUGCCACGGGAGAGAAAUGACAGUGGAACAAGUUGCGGCAAAAAUCGCAAGUCUACGGACUUAUUAUGGCCGGGAACUAAGAAAAAUCACCCAGUCGGAGAAAAGUGGUGCAGGGGUGGAUGACCUGUACCAUUCAUCGUGGGAGUUUUUCACAGUCCUGGACCCCUUCUUGAGAUGCCAUGUACAGCAGAGGCCUUCUACUAACAAUCUGAUGAGGGAACCAAUUUCUGCAGCACCCAUCACUAUUACUGAUGACAAUGAAUGUACAGGGAGCAUUGAGUGCACCAUGGAUUCCACUGACAAUGGCUGCAGUCAAGAAACAUCACACUGCAGUGGUUAUGCAGAAUCUAUGCCUGUUCAAAAACCAGACAAGGCUAAACCACACCCCAAGAAGAGGAGGAAUCAAGCAACAGGCAGUCCUGAAUUAAAAAAUCUAAUGUACAGGACAUUGGAAAGGAUAUCCCAAAAGAAAGCCAAAAGUGACACAAAUGAUUGUGACAUUUUGUUUGGUCAGCAGGUUGGGCUCGAGCUUAAAAAAUUGAAAACCUAAGAAAGAGACAAGAACUGAAACUGAAAAUCUAUUCACUGAUUUUGGAAAAUCAGUUUGAAAAUGAGGCCUAAAUAUCAAAUGACUUAAGGGGGGUGUCAGCAAUUUUGUACAUAGAAAUAUUAAAAUGUUAUGCUUUAUAAAUAAGGAAGGGGGAGGUGGGGGUAAUUGAUUUUGUACAUGACAUGCAGGGGAUCACUUACUUUGUACAUAAAUUCCAGGGGGGUGUCAUUCACAUUAUACUUCUCCAUAAAAAUCAUCAUCACCGCCCCCAGCCAAAAAUUAUGAACAUUCCGUAACAUAUGUAAAAUAUAGUUCUCUUUAGCUGUAAAUAGAUGUUUCCGCCUAUUUAUAUGUUUAAAAUACUUCCAUCAAAUAAUAAACAUUCAUGUAUCAUGUAA